AUGAAUGAGACCCUGUCAGAUCAGCUGGACAACGCUUCUCGGCGCAUCAUUGCGUCGUUGGGGAUCGAAGGAUCUCGUCUUCGUCUGUGCUCUGCCGUGCAGCACCGAUCCUUCCUUAUGCGGUCUUGGCAUCGCAAUUCCUGUGCUUGUGCUGAACCCCAAGUCCAAGGUUGUCUGUCUUGUCUUACCAAGUUCAAUUUCACCGACCCCAUAUUUCGACCCGACAGUCUGGGACGGGUCGGGUCUUUAACCAAAGCGGCACGGACAACAGGGAUUGUGGCUGGCCUCACUUCCCGGGUGGCUGCUGAUAAGAUGCUUGCUGGCCCCGUCAGACGACAGCGUGUCAAUAAUCCACAGGAUAUUGGAGACCAAAUAUGUACAAGUACUCUCUUUAUCAGCGACAAUGGCCAGUAUCUUGUACCGUUCGAGUAUAAACAGCUUAGGCAACCAGCCGGAAAUGUGUUCGUCGUAGUCAUUCAAGACGAAAAUUGCGCUUGA